GUAGGGAGGUGGUGACCCGUACAGUCCCGUAGGAAAACAACCGCAGGAGACAAGCGCACAAGGCACCUCGCACCGCAAGCACCGCCGGAAAGCAGGAACAUGCCCGGCAUCAAGGCAAAAGCUACCUCGACGUUGGGAUCCGUUCUACCCAUCGCGUACGGAAGGGAGCCUAUAUGUCGCCAGUAUGGCCAGGUAGUCGACUGGGCAAGUGCUGCGCGCCGCGGAGGUCUUCGGUACAGGGGGCCCGGACGAGCGACGCCUGGAAGCUCUCGAAGGCGGAGAGCGGGGACGGGAAGCACGCGCGUUGCUUUCCCUGGGAGUCUUGACCGUCCUUCUCGCAGUCUGCUUGAAGCGGGCCCUGUUUCAUCAAUCGGUGAAAAAUCUCAACCAGUUUGUGCCAAAUAAUAACCAUCCGGGAUACAUUGUGAUUUUGGCUCAUCUAAUGAAUGAGGGAAUGAAUAUAUCAAUAGGCUCGUCGAAGACAUGAUACUUGGAGAGACUCUGGGGGGUACGCUGCCCUUGCUCGCACCUGGCCUUAGGGAGAGAGCUUGAGGCAAUCCGUUUUGUAGAUAUGCUGCAUGUAUGUGCUCGAGUGAUGGCUUGUAACGAAUCGGAUAAAUUCACUUGCUGUCGACAUAGUGCAGCGUUUAUUUUCAUUCACGCGUGGUCUCCGAACAAAAUAUCGUUCAUUCUUGGAUGCUCGGGUGGUGGCGGGCCUAAAUAGGGCUCAAGUUGAGAUAUCGACUGGGCUUACAUGUUCUUCGUUGAUGCUCCGCACAGCCAACGAUGUAAUAUGUGCUAGAGGGGAGUCAGAGAAAACGGAGAGCGAGGCAGCAAGAGGAAGAGAGGGAGGGAGAGAGAAGGAUCGAGGUGCGAGGGAGAGAGAAAGUGGCGGGAAGCACAUCGUAGAAGAAAACCGAUGUACAUUGAUACUGUAUACAUGUUCCCAAACUUAUCUACUGAUGGAGGAAAGUCACUUCCGAAGUGUCCGAAGGUGAUUGCUCUGAAAUGCCUCAUGUUUGUGGGCCUUCAUUUGUUUGGUAACGAGCUGCUGCAUCAUCAUUCUUGCCUAUGAAUCCCUCUGAAGGACGGGCGGACAACACAAUGAAUGGUAUCAUUGUUAUGUUCACGUCUGGUCUCGGAUGGAGAGUCUGACGCAGUCCGCUUGUAGAUGGGCAUGAGUUCCUAGUGCAUGGGCUGAUUCUAUCGCAUGGGUAUCAACGAAUGGACAGUGACUCGGUCCAGAUGUUCAAUGCCACGCACAAAAUUCAUUCGACCAAACGUGACGCAACAACAGAAGAAACCAGUUUCAAAUUUUGCAUCGCGAUGAUAACAGAUAACACACAGGUCGGACACUGAGAUCCACCGAGCUUACAUGCGCUCCUUGUCGAUGCCCUGUAUGGAGGAUGUAUAUACUAGAGGGAGCGAGAGAACGGGAGAGCGAGGCAGCAAGAGAGAGCGAGGAACUAGAGUAGCCUUGAGCUAUUGCUGCUUGCUGCUUGUGAGUUUUGGGCCAGUGCUGCACGACUGAAAAAAAAAAAGGAUGAGAAAAAACGCUUCGGAGCCCCGUGUGGAAACCCCUCUGAUCGGGCCGCGCUCUCGGCAACAGACCUCCACACCCAGCACCGGCUUUAGAGGGCGAAGGAGAGGCUAAACUGCCCAGUUAUCAAGAGAGACUUACGGGAAAAAUGGGAACGUAUCCAAAAAUGAGAAUGGGCGUUUGAUUUUAGAAAGCAAACCACGCCUUUGCAACUCCCCCCAAAAAAGUUGACAAUUGCUGUAGGUCUUUACAGCAGCUUUCGAAUGAGCUAUUGCUCAAGCUGUAUGUCCUCGGCAUCGCCGAGGUAGCCAGCAUCGCGAGAAAUCAGGUCGAAACCAGCACGAAUCGCUUUUUGCGCCCGUGAG